AUGUCGACUACAGUGGACAAGAUCAAGGAUAUCGAGGCCGAAAUGGCCCGAACCCAAAAGAACAAGGCAACUUCGUUUCAUUUGGGUCAGCUAAAGGCCAAGUUGGCUAAGCUGAAGCGAGAGCUGCUCACUCCUUCCAGCGGAGGCGGCGGUGGUGGUGCUGGUUUCGAUGUUGCAAGAACCGGUGUUGCUAGUGUUGGAUUUAUUGGUUUCCCCUCAGUGGGAAAGAGUACACUCAUGAGUAGACUUACUGGACAGCAUUCCGAGGUUGCUGCUUACGAAUUCACCACCUUGACUUCGGUACCGGGUCAAGUCACGUACAAUGGAGCCCCUCUGCAGAUGAUCGAUCUUCCAGGUAUUAUUGAGGGUGCUAAGGAUGGUCGUGGACGUGGUCGUCAAGUUAUUGCUGUCGCAAAAACGUGCCAUCUUAUUUUCAUCGUUCUCGAUGUCAAUAAACCACUCACGGACAAGCGAGUUAUUGAGACCGAACUGGAAGGUUUCGGUAUUCGUAUUAAUAAGGGGCCACCAAACAUCACUUUCAAGAAGAAGGAUAAGGGUGGUUUGAAUAUCUCCAGCACGGUACCUUUGACCCACAUCGAUAAUGACGAGAUCAAGGCUGUGAUGAACGAGUAUCGUAUCAACUCUGCCGAUAUCGCCAUUCGUUGUGACGCCACAGUCGACGAUCUCAUCGAUGUGUUGGAAGCAAAGAGCCGUAGUUAUAUUCCGGUCAUCUACGUACUCAACAAGAUUGACGCCAUCAGCAUCGAGGAACUUGACCUGCUUUACAGGAUUCCCAACGCUGUGCCCAUCAGUUCCGAGCAUGGCUGGAAUAUCGACGAAUUGAUGGAAGCAAUGUGGGAGAAACUCCAGCUAGUACGCGUGUAUACCAAGCCAAAAGGCAAGAUGCCGGACUAUACUCAACCUGUCGUGCUCCGUUCGACAAGAUGUACGGUCGAGGAUUUCUGUAACGCAAUUCAUCGUACCAUCGCGGAACAAUUCAAAACGGCUAUCGUUUACGGCAAAUCUGUCAAGCAUCAGCCGCAGCGCGUGGGCCUGAGUCACGAACUAGCGGACGAAGAUAUUGUUACGAUCGUCAAGAGAUGA